AUGGAUGAGGUAGGAGUUGCAUUACACCAGCAAGGCCAUUACAUGGAAGCGGAAGCGAUGCACAGGCAGACGCUGGCGACUAGUGAGAAGGUGCUUGGUGUUGAGCAUCCUUCCACGCUGUGGACCAUGAACAACUUGGCGCUAGUGCUGGACAGCCAAGGCAAGUACGAGGAGGCCGAAUCGAUGCACAGGCAGACGCUGGCGACUAGUGAGAAGGUGCUUGGUGUUGAGCAUCCUUCCACGCUGGGGACCAUGAACAACUUGGCUGUAGUGCUGGACAGCCAAGGCAAGUACGAGGAGGCCGAAUCGAUGCACAGGCAGACGCUGGCGAGGCAUGAGAAGGUGCUUGGUGUUGAGCAUCCUUCCACGCUGACGACCGUGUACUGCCUCGCU